UUAAGUAGUUUCUUUUUAGAAACAUAUAUAGACAUAGAUACUUUUGGAAAGAAGAAAAGUUAAUCUUGAUUUUUGAAAUACUUUUAUGUAUGGUUACUAAACUUUAUUAUGGAAUAUUUUGCUCCUGAAUAUUAGAUUGAUGUUCUCCCAUGAAUUUGUGGUCAAAGAAAUGUUGAGUCUGCUUUUUUUAUUUUUAAAAUAGCUUGUUUCAUGCAUUUUCUAUGCACAUACCAAAUUUCAGCAAAAAAUAAUUAUAAGCAAUUAGUCUAAUUAGUGUUAUACCAAGUAUACCACUUUUUUUAGGUAGCCCUAGGCAAACGAUUUUUUGAGGUGGUUUUUUUUAGAAACAUAUAUAAACCUUGACGACUUUUGAAAGAAGAAAGAUUAGGCUUGAUUUUUAUAAACUAUUGUGUAUCGCUUACAUACCUUUUUAUGUAGUAUUUUGCUGAGAAUUUUGCAUGGAAAUUUGGCUGAUGUUGUAACUUGGAUUUGUAGUCGAAGAAAUAUAGAGUCUGCUUUUUUUAUUAUUAAAAUAGUUUUCUUCAUGCAUUUUCUAUAAACAUGCCAAAUUUCAACGAAAAAUAAUUAUAAGCAAUUAGUCUAAUUAGUGUUGGACUUUAGGUACCUAAUUUCGGUUUUUCUGUUGUUGUUUGUUUUGGUAAGCAAAAUCCGGUAGGCGCCGAAAUCCGGAUAAGGGGGCGCUUCAACUAAUAAUCUUAUUUUGAAUUAUUGUGAUAUAUAUUAUUAUAUUUAAAAAAAUAUGGCAAACUAUAGCAAAAAUGUGUUAGAUGCCCUAACAGAAAUCGAAUCUACACAGCCCAUCACUGUUCCUUCUACAUCUGCUAUAAGAGUUACAUCUUCAGCACCUACUAUAACUAUUCCAUGUGUUCAACCUUCUGCUGUUGAAUCUACACAGCCUAUCACAGCUACAUUUACGUGUUCAACGAAUGUUCCUUCUACAUCUGCUAUUUGUGUUCCAGGUGUUCAACCUUCUGCUGUUCGUAAAAAUUAUAUUUGCAUUAUUGAGGUUAAAAUAUCAGUUUCUUGUAAUCGUAACUUGUUUAAAGAAGGGUGGAUACUCCAACUUGCAUUUUGUAAUGUGGUUGGAUACGACUGGGCAGGAAGAGGGGCGUUUGGCGUGGCACAUGUCCCGUCCCUUAUGUCAACUUAUACACCACUUGUAUAUGCUGUAAAGUUUGAAGCAGAGGCAGUUGUUCCAUUUUGUUCGAAAAAAGAUGGAUGGUUAUUUUGGCCAACUUGUGUUCAUGCAAUGAAAGCUACCUAUAAUAAUUUUCCAAUCGUUGAUUCCUGCAACAAGCUUAGACUUAAAAGAGUUAAAGUAACUGGAGAUAAAGAAGUAUGUGCAGGAUUUAAUUUCACAACUUCAGAGGACUCUUAAGAAGAAUUAAAGUUCUGUGGAUCAAAGAUCGAGGAAUGAUUUGGUUUUAACUGGUUUGCAUCUUAUGAAUGAAGUACAUAAUAUGAUUUAUAGUUACACCUAUUGAAAUUCUGUAUCUCAAUGAUAUCCUGGCUUAUCGAUACGAUAUCCUGUAAAUCCACUCACACACAUAAAUUUUACUCACACAUGUAAAUCCUGUAAAUUCACUCACACACAUAAAUCUUAAAAAAGAUGUUUAUAUUUUUAUCUAUAAAUUGUAAAUUUUAUAUAAAUAAAUAGUAUAUUUUUUAUGUUU